CAAGGCAAGUUUUGACUCUCUGUUUGACAUUGUUAAUAGCUUAGUGAUGGCUGGGAAUAAGGCGGACGAGGUUGAGGAGGUUGACGAGAAGAAGCAGCAGCAAGGCAAGGGAGACGAUUUGUCCGGCGAAAUGCUCAUUAAGCACCCCCUGCACAAUACGUGGACCCUGUGGUACUACGAGAACGACCGCAAGAAGACCUGGGAGGAGAACCAACGCGAAAUCACUAGCUUCGCCACCGUGGAGGACUUCUGGAGCCUGUACAACCACAUCAGGAACGCGAGCGAGCUGAGCACGGGCUGCGACUACUCGCUGUUCAAAAAGGGCGUGCGGCCCAUGUGGGAGGACGACGCCAACAAGCACGGCGGCCGCUGGCUCCUGAGCGUGGACAAGAAGACCCAGGACUUGGACCGGUACUGGCUCGAGGUGCUGCUGUGCAUGGUGGGCGAGGCCUUCGACGAGUACUCUGACGAGGUCUGUGGGGCCGUCGUGAACGUGCGCGCUCGUGGCGACAAGAUCGGCAUCUGGACCGCCGACGCAAACCACAGUAGCAGCAUCAUGGAAAUCGGGCGCCGGCUCAAGGAGAGGCUGAGGAUGCCCCCAAAGCUAACCAUGAGCUUCCAGAGUCAUAAGGACACGGCUUCCAAAGUGGGUGCUAACAGCAAGAGUAUGUUUACGGUGUGAGGAGUUCCCUCGCCAUCUAGCGAAAUUGAUGCACAUUUUGUUUAAUUCAUUUUAUUGGUUUGGUUUUGUGAUUGGCGCCUUGUCAUAUUUAUUUCUGUAAUAACUGUUGACUCGUUUUAAGAGAUCUCCUUGCAAUUAUUGGUAUUUGCUGUAUCGUUAUGGAAAUUGCAGGUAAGGUUUAGUUCAAUUUGACAGGUGAAUUCCUCGGAUUAUUUGAUUUUGACAUUGUUUUUACGUUACUAAAUUAUUUCCUCCCUAUGUUAUAUUUUUCUCAUUUCACCAAGUAUGUUUUGAGUUCCUUCUCUUUACAGAAACUUGUGUUUAAAGUUUAUAAUUGUUUAAAUCUGGAUGAGGUGUGGAUUCUGUGAGGACCUAUGACUGAUUCAGUUUAUGAAGUAGUUUUCAUAUGUCACCCUGAUCUGUUGACAUUUGCAAAGAUCUGAUCAUUUCUAGCCCUUGUUACAUAUGGUGAAACGUGGCUCAACAUUGUCUUAUUUAGAAUGACUGUUGUGCUGUAAGCCAUUCAGUAUUAAAACGUGUUGUUUUUUUUCUUCUCCAGGAUUUCAGUAAAUCUGUAGUGUCAUCCUCAAAUCCUCAUCUUUGCUUGACUGUUUAGUGUAUAUCGUUGUUUAUGCUUAAUAUAUAUUAUUAGUUUUUUUCCCUUGCCCCUCUUUCCUUCCUUUGUAAAGGAUUUGAAAUUUCUUAUGAAUUGCUGUCCAUGACUUAUAUAUCCCUCAUUGCAUUCGAGUCGAUUUCAUUCAUGUCAAUGUUAGUCUUUCUAUUCUAUAGUGUUCAUUUUUAUACUGCAUAAGAAUAGUUUAGAGCUUCAGCUACAGUUCUGUUCGAUAGAGAGAACAAAUUAUUGAGCAGUGAGUCAUUCAUCUAUCAGCUGUCUCCUAUUCUUGCAGUUUACUGAACAAAGUACUUUUUCUUUCUUCCAAAUGUAUUACUAUUAAAAUGAGUAACUAGUAACCUUCAUAUGUACCAUAAUUUAUUGUCUUUAGCUUUGUAAGGUGAAUGCAAAUUCCAUUUUUAUUUGCCGAUUCUUGUUCUUGAAUUUUGACAUGACAGCACAUUUCUAGUUUCCUCAUCUGGUUUAUUGUUAGCUUUAGUAAUUUUGAUGUGGGCACUUAUCUUCCAGAAGUGUGUGUAACCAGGCUUUAAAUUCUAAUCUGCAUUUUGCUGGGAAGUGUAUUUUUGUAUAUCUAUAAUAAACUUUCUGUAAUAAGAAUAA